CCUCGCUCGCUCCUGCCCCGGCGUGCAGGGCCCGGCCGCCGCCAUGGCGGGCCCGUGCGAACUCUCAGUGCAGGACCUCAACGAUCUGCUCUCGGACGGCAGCGGCUGCUACAGCCUCCCGAGCCAGCCCUGCAACGAGGUCACCCCGAGGAUCUACGUGGGCAACGCAUCUGUGGCUCAAGACAUCCCCAUGCUGCAGAAACUGGGCAUCACCCAUGUUCUGAACGCUGCUGAAGGCAGGUCCUUCAUGCAUGUCAACACCAGUGCCAAUUUCUACAAGGACUCCGGCAUCACCUACCUGGGCAUCAAGGCCAACGACACACAGGAGUUCAACCUCAGCGCCUUCUUUGAAAAAGCUGCAGACUUCAUUGACCAGGCCCUGGCUCAAAAGAAUGGCCGGGUGCUCGUUCACUGCCGCGAAGGUUACAGCCGCUCCCCAACCCUAGUCAUCGCGUACCUCAUGAUGCGUCAGAAGAUGGACGUCAAGUCUGCUCUGAGCAUCGUGAGGCAGAACCGUGAGAUUGGCCCCAAUGAUGGUUUUCUGGCCCAACUCUGCCAUCUCAAUGACAGACUAGUCAAGGAGGGGAAAUUGUAACUCUAGGGUGCCCCCACUGCCUCUCCUCUAAUGGCCAACAGGGGAGGCCCUGGGUGAGUGUCCCAAGCCGCCAUGUUUAGGAAUCACAGUGUACCCUGCUCCUAGCAUCACCAGGCACUUGCCAAUGAGUCUGUCCCAACACAGCCCUGGGCCACUUCCCCCUUGAGGAGCAUAUAAAGAAGCUUGCUGAGAAGUGCAUCCUUGCUCCCUGAUGUGUCCUGUUCCCGUAAUUUGUGAUGUCCUCUCCCCAAGGUAUGGGCCCAGAGGGGCAGGCCUGUGGCAUGCACUCUUCUUCUCAGUGACCCAGGGCAGGAACUCUGUGGAUGCUCACAGGGGCACCUCCUGAUCUUCGCCCCACUCCUGGGUUCUCUCCUAGGUGGGGACCUUGGCAUCCUGAGCUCUAGUGAAGGAACUAUGCAAACACGGGCCUGUCUCUCCCCAUCAUGUCUUUGCUCCCUGAUCUCACAGCCAUCCACACCCUGCUCACAGGCAGGGCCAUGUCAUGAGGUCUGAAGCAAGAGGGGUGGGGGUGCCUGCCAGAAAAAAAUUUAGAGGGUGGAAAUUCCCAUAGAGAGACCUUAUUUUUAAGUAUUUCUUUAGGAUUAAAGAUACUUAAACAAAGCGGCCCUCUGAGUGGGCAAACAAAUUCCCCUGGAAGAUUCUCCUAAAUCCAGAGAGUUUAAAAAAUGUGACUCUCUGGAUGGCUUGAGUUCAGAAUUCACGGCAUUAGACUAUUUCAUUUGACCUGCUCUCAGUUACUUCGUUUGUUAGAAGGGUGAAGCCUUGGGCAUAGUUUUAUUUUUCUUUUUCAGAAAACAGGGUGUUAUAGCCCAUCCUAUUUAAAAACCCCACCAUUUGGAGAAUUACAAGGGUUUUGUCCUGAAUUAUAGUGUUGGUGAGCCCAAGCCACUCCUGCUAACUGCUUUUUGUCUCGGUUGCUAUUCCAAGAGCAGAGGGAGGAAGUUGGCCAAUUACAGCGUGCAUGUGGGGGCGUGUGGGGGUGUGUCUCUCAGAAACACAGCCAGAGGCUGAGCAGGGAAAUGAGUAGUCCUAGGCUCACCACCUGCCCACUUACAGGUUGUUCUUCCCCUCCCUGGGGCCUAUGCAAGAUCCCUGGAGCCUUGGGAGCCAAAGCGACUCAGCCGGGCAGAAAUAAAACAUGGCGGAGCGCCCAAACAAAAACAAGCAACCUCUUUUAGGACUUUCUUUAGGAUGCAGUUGGAAUGCACUAGCACUUACACUCACGUGUGUGCGCACAUUUGUUAGAAUAUAAGUUUUGUUUUGAACACAGUCUCAUUAGGGUUUUGCACUAUUGUCAUUACAGAAACUGAUGCAAAGCUGUUUAUCUUCAGGGUCCCAAAGGGCUGAGGGGUGGUCCUCGGGUACACCCCUGUUGCCUAGCACAGAGAUGUCUGAUGAAAGUUUGUGGAAUUAAUCCCCUCCCCUUUUUUUGAGUGCAAAUAUAUGUAGGGUAUGUAGGGUGUUCUUUUGGGUGUACGAAGCUUCCAGGAGGGUGAAUUUGUGUUAGGAUCACUUGCCAGGGUUUGCAAAGUAGUCUUACCUGAAGUGAAAUAUCAGGGACUUUUGUUGAAUAUUUGAAAUUCAGUUUUAAAUUUAAGUUCAAGAAGUGUUAACAUGUUGCAAUGCGGAACGUGCCUUUUUCAGGGUUUACCGAGGCAUUCCGCUAGGAAAAGGAGACUGGGCUUAGAUAGAAACAGGUGUGCCUUAGGGCUUUGCUAACAGGUGCGAGGAUUCUCUGAUCUCCUCAGGAGCCUCGCUGAGGCAGGAGGUUCACUACCAUCUUUCCUCUUUGACCACAGCAGCCCUAAAGAAAUGAGGCUCUGUUCCCUUUUUCUAGAGACCCGGCUGUCCAGAUAGACCCACCUAAGUGACAUAGCCAUCCUUUAAACUGUGUACCUCACUUACAGUUCUCAGAUAACUUUCUCAUUUAACCAAACUUGAUCCUCAAAAUAACCUUGUACAGUUGGUAGAGCUUAUUAGUGAAUUGUUACUUUAAAAAAAAAGGCAGGAACUGGGGUCCAGAAUGAUUAAGGACGUGGCCCCCAGGGUUGCCUGGCUCUUGGAGGCCCUGCUGAAGCAUGACUUCAGGUCUGCUGGUCUCUGAGGCUCAAUUCUUCCUCUCAUACCGUAUUCUUCCUCAGCUCAGCUGCAAACGGAAAGGUCUGCGGUUUGAAUCCACCAGCUGCUCCGCAGGAGAAAGAUGUGGCAGUCUGCUUCCGCAAAGAUUUAUAGCCUCGGAAACCUUAUGGAGCAGACCUGCUCUGUACUAUGGGGUUACUAUGAGUGGAAUCGACUUAAGGGCAGUGGAUUUGAGUUGGGGUUCUUAAGACCUAAGUCCACCUCACCCCGGGGAGUAUUCAGUGGGCCGCACAUGCCCUUGACCCACCCUAGGUGCACAAGUUUCCCAGAGGACACCACUCAGGCUGGGUUGCAGAGGUGAUCUGGGUAAGGGUGGAACAGAGUUAGCACAAACCCAUCUCUGCUCCUAGAGAAGGAAAAAAAAAAAAAAACAUU